GCAGGCGGAUUCUUAACCACUGCGCCACCAGGGAAGCCCUCAGCAGUCUCUUGUUUCCAUGACACUGAUAAGGAUGAUCCUUGUGGAUAAAAAAAAGAAACAAUGGAAAAUACAGCAACAACCACUGACUGAGCAUCUGCUAUGGAUCAGCUAUGGUACUAAAUUCCUUACUAAACCUUGUCUUACUGAAAUCUCACAGCAACCCUGUAAGAUGCCUCCCAUUACCCCCAUUUUGAAAAUUAGGAAACUGAGACUCAGAGAAGGAAAGUCGCUUGUUGAAAAAUGACAAAUUGUUUGACUGCAGAGCCAUGUGUUUUCCACAGUUACAGCACAGAGCCUAAUUUAGUGCCUGUGUAAACAGUAGGCGUCAGGGGUGCACUGCUUUCAAAACACAUUGGAAUUGUAGCGGGCAAGUCUGAAUUACUGUGCAGUACCCUUGCUCUUCCAGUGGGCAUGGGCUGGGAGCCAAGAAUUGAUCAGCCUUCCCUGAAUGUGCUUGAGGAACCCUCCUGAUGCGGAGCCCAGGGAAGAAUUUAUGGAGGGGCAUAACCCAGAGCUCCCUCUCACCACGCAGGUGUCAAGAAGGGCAGAGUCCCUGGCGGGUUCUGGAGACAGAAGCUAAAAGGUGAGAAUUGCAAUGUCAAGUGAAAAAUUGAAAGUGAGAACAGAGGGUUUUGACAUUCUGCUGCCUCUAAUAAGCUCUCCUUUCUGCUUGGCUGAGAUCACUCAGAAGAAGAAAGAAGAAACCGUUGCCUUUUGCUGUCCAGUUAUUGGAAGCCAGGCCAUGCGAGAGUGCUUCACCUGCGUUCAUUCAGCUCCUGCCUCACAGCAACCAAGUAUCAUAUUCUCACAAAACAAAGAGGAAGCAGAAAAAGAGCCCAAAUGGUCAUUUUCCUAAUGCAUAUUUAUCUUUUUUCAGAGAAAAAUAUCAUUCUCAUAAGCACAAUAACAGCCUUCCCCUAAUUACUCAUUGGCCAAAACAGAUUGAUAUGACCAUUCAUAAGACAAUUCAUGGCAAAGAGGGAUAUGAUAAUGACCGUCUUAGCCUAACAAGGAUUUAUCCACUAAAGCUGAAUGCUUCACUCCUCAAAAAAAUCAUAAAGUUCUACGAACAAGGAAGAACUACUAAGUGACUGUUAAGUAAACCAUCAGAAUUGUUUGUCCAAGACCAUAUGAUUCCUUUUUUCCACUGGAAAUGGAAUUCAUUGCCUUAGGUCUUUUUAAAUAGUGUACUAUUACUGUUGGGGCUGGCUCUGUGCUUGAAAACCAGUUUAUUUAUAACCUGUUACAAGUGCUAUAUCUGUUUGCAGUUAAGAAAUGCAGAAUUCAAAGUGAUCUCCUAGCUUGUAAGCAAGCUGAGAUUCAUUGUCUCUCUUCUCUAAAAAAAAUGAGUUAAUGUGUCCAGAAACUAACUCUAGUAAAGUGGGGUUUAACAUUAAAAAAAAAAAAAAAUUCAAGCACAUCGAGGUUGGGUAUUCUGCAUCCUCACUCCAUUUGAAAAGUGCAGACGCAUUCAACGCAUUACCAUCUGAUUCCAACUAGCAGGAUUGAAAACAAAUGGUUUUACUCUAGUUAGUUCUAAAUAGAAACACUUUAAUAUUGAAUUGAAUGAGGUUCAAAUUAUCCUUUUCUACAUAGCAACUGCAUGUUAGGUCUUAAAAUUAGCAAGGAUUCAAGUUUAGCGAUCUGCCUUUCCUUACUUUUAACCAUAUGUGAUAUUUCCUAUUUCUCAUAGCACUCUUUCCAUCUGCUUUGGCUGUCUAUUUCCUACCACUGGACUUUAAGAUCCACUGCACUCUCUCUGCUGAGGACCCAUAACAAACUCCAGGACCAGGUAGUAUUCUUGACAUAUCACUCUGUGCAUAAGUAUUUCCCAUCCCCUCUCCCCCCACUCAGUAUUCCCAAGGAAAACUAUUUCUAUUAUUGGUCCAUUUGAAGGAUUAUGAGUUAAUUACAUAAUAGAAUGUAUCCAUAGAGUUAUGCAUUUCAGCUAGAAAUCUACAUAUCUCUAGAAGCUCUACAAUCUGUUCUAAAGAAUCUACAUCUCUAGAAAUCAUAGAGAUGUAUGGGAUAUGAAUUACUGAUUUUGUUUAUUCAGCAUGCAGUAGGAAGCAACCUACUGUAUACCAGGUGCUGUGUUAGAUGCUCAGGUUCUUGGUACAUGAGAUAGGUGGUGGUCCUUACUCUUAGAGAAGUCAGCUAAGUGGGUAGAAGGAUAGUGAGUACAUGCAUUAUAACACUGUCGAGGGCUGGAGCAGUAGCAAUAAUGGGCUCACAGAUCAUUUUCUAACUCAUGUCAUGUUGUACUGCCAAGGCAGUAAUAUCUGCCAUCAGUAGCCUGCUGGUAUUCUUGCUUUGUGCUCAGUCCUGUCCACAUUUGUGAAGGAGCAGCUUCAUUUCAAUUCUGUUUUCAGCAAAGUGGAUUCUACAAUUUCGAAGAUACAUUUUCCUAGUUCUCAUAUGGUUUUGUUCUUCUAGAGGUUGUUAGUAGAUGGUUGUUUCCCCUGUCAGUUCAGGCCAACAGCUUCCUACUUGACAAAAUACCAUCUCUGAGUUUUCUGGAAUACAAGGAAAUUCCAGCCUCUUUGUCAGAGGCCUCAGGAAGACACAAAAGACAAUGCUACAACUGCUGUCACCCAUUCCAGGGAGUCCAGAGUCAUGGUCUGGCUUCAUACUCUCUGGUCUCACAGAUACACUCAGUGGACUUUGGCCAGGGAGCAUCCCCCAAGUAAUGGGCGCAUUGAGGGAAUAAACCCCACCUUUCUAUUGCUGAGGAAUUUAGGCAAGCUGCUCAGGGAGAAUGAUCCUCUAGAAGGGUGUGACCAAGUCGCUCCUUGGGUCUCCUCUCCAGGCCUUUUCUUUGCCUCUUUCAGUCAUCAACAUGAGACUGAUUGCCUGAAAAGACUUCUUGACAAACAAGUAGUAUUUGGUAACUGUUAGUUAUUUUUAUUUUUCAUCCCUACAGAAAUGAGAUCACAAGUCAUAUAUGGCUCUGCAUUUUUCAUGCAGAUCCUAUAGCCACUGAUUCUAAUUUUUAGAAUGUACCAAUUUUAUUAAUUUUUAUUUCUUCAGUAUUUUAUGGAUAUAUAUAUAUAUACAUGUGGAUGUGAAUUGUGGUCUGCUGCUUGUAGAUUUUAAAGUCUAUUUAGUCAGUGGUGAGUAGAACUUUAUUUUAGCUUUAAAAAUUUAAUCUUAUGAGAGGCCUGCUGACAUUUAUUUUAAAGUUGUUUUAUUCAGUUCCUUUUUUCUCUUGCACCCUGUGGAGUAUGUUUAUUGACUACAGAUGUUAAGCACUUUGCUAAGGAACAGAAAGCUGCAAGAUAGAAUAUGUACUUCACCUGAGUGGGUGCAUAGAAACCAGCCGUGUGUCUGAAUCUUUAAGAACUCAAGUGGAAGGUAUGCUUACAAGUUUAAAGGUCAGAAUCACAACAUACAGACUUGAAUUGGAAUGACUGCAAGAUAGUUUCAGGAUUAUAAAACUUCUAUGUAAAAGAAGUUAAUAAAAGGCGUAUUAAGAGACUAGGCCGUGGGAGAGCCGGAUGGAGGCAGCAAGAGCAUCGGGAGCCCUGGAGGGCAGUGAUCCCGCCGAGAGGGGCCGUUAGCUGCCACCUGGGAGACAGCAGAGGAGGUGGUGGCAAGAGGCCAGAUUCUGGAAACAUUUUCAAAGCAGUGACUGUUUCCUAUUAUCAUCUCUCCAAGAUUAUCCACAGUUCCACUUCUGACCAUGAUGGAAUAACAAGGACUGAACUGAACUUCCUGCCACAAACAACCAGAAAACUGGACAAAAUAUAUAAAGCAACUGUUUUCAGACAUUGGAAGACAGACAGCACAGGACUAUGAUUGAUGCCUGAGAAAAAGGGAGCAUAUGAGGUUGAAUGCCUCCCUAACUUUCUUUGUGGAGGCAAUUUCCAGAAUACUUGGAAAAUAAACCCAAACAGAGACUAGAGAUUAGCUGAGUUGAGGAGACAGAGACCAGCAUUCCCAGAGGCUGAGGGAGCUGAAUUUGAAGGGCAGAGUUUUUUUUUUUUUUUUUUUUUUUUUUUAAAAAAAAAAAAAGCACAGCUCCAUAAAUCUGAGUCUGCUAAAUGUUUGGCUGUGCAUACAUCGACUGAAAAUCCACACAGCCCAUCAAAGAAUAACCAGGGAGUUGCAAGCUAAAUGAUUCCCAGAAAUCACAGAGGAUGGGCAGACAUUUGAGCUCUGACUAGUCAGAAUGGGAAGUCCUCAGUGAAAACCUCUGAGCAGUCAUUACUUAGUAGUGGGGCAAAAUUGCCCCUGGAGUGAAGGCUACUCUAGUCUCUUCCUAGUACAGCUGAAACACAGUUUUCAAAGGAAUCAAAAUGAUCCAGAAAUAACUUAGCUGCCUAAAAAAACCCAAAGCUCAACACUCCUUGAAGGGAGACAACAAAAUUCAGGCAGUCAACAAGGAUAACAUUUACACCGUCCACCAUUCAACAGAAAUUAGUAAACAUGGUAAAAUGCUCAACUCAUUUGCUCUUAAGACUUUAGGGAAAUACACACACACACACACACACUCACAUAUAUAUUCCCCUGUUUAAAAGUGUGAUAGUCCCUGAUCCCUGACAUCUUAAAGUCACUUAAUCAUAGGAAUUAAGUCUAUGCCAUUUCGUGAAGAUAAUCCUAAUUAUCUUUGAGUUAAAAGCAUUCAGUAAAAUGGAGCUCACUUUCUCUCCUAUGACUUCCAUCACAACUGGUCAACUCUGUUUGUUUUAUGUUAAGUUAGAUCCACUACUGUCUGUAGAUUUGUACUCUGCUGUUCUGAAACAACAUAAAGUCCUCUUUCUCUUCUAACAAAACUGAGACUAGUUCUCAGGCCAUGUUUUUCUUAAGGUAAAUAUAUCCAACUCCUUCCAUUUCUUUCUGACAAGAUUCUUAUCAUUUUUUGGAGGCUCUCUAGUUCCUCCAUGUUUCUUUUUAAAUUGCUGCCAUGUUAAAACUAGAAAAAACUUGUUCUACAAAGACUGGAAGUCCAAUAAGUCAUGGGAGUGUGAAAUACAUUUUCAUAUUGAUUUUGUCAACAAUAGUGUUAAAGGUAAUAAUCAUAUCUAAAAUGUAUUGAUCCCUUAAGCUAUGCCAGACACUAUGCUAAGUGCUUCAUAAGGAUUCCCUCAUUUUAUUCUAACAAAUCUAUGAGGUAGAUGCUAUUAUUAUCUUUGUUUCAUAAAUGAGAAAUUUGGACCAUUGAGAGGUUUAUAGAUGAACUAUUAUCACAGUAAUAUUGUAUAAUAAGCUACCCCAAAACUCAGUGGUUUAAAACAAUGCUUAUUUGUUCUCACACAUCUGUAGGUUGGCUGGAGUUGGGCUGAUCUAGGUUGGGCCCAUCUGGACAGCUCUGCAUCUCAUUGAAAGACUGGUUCAGGCAAUUCUGCUCCAUAUGUCUCUCAUUCUUCUCCUGGGACCCAAGAGCUAGCCAGGGUAUGUUCUUCUCAUGACAGUGACACAAGCUCAAGAGGGAAAGGAGAAAUGUGGGGUCUCUUAAGGCCUUGACUCUGAACUUGAUACACUGUCACUUCCAUACAUCCCAUUGGCCAAAGCAAGUCAUAUAGCUAAACUCAAAGGGCAAGGAAGGAUACUCCACAUAAGUCCAUAACAAGGGUGUGCGUGCAAGGAGGAGUGAAGAAUUAGGGCCAAUUAUUCAAUGUAGCACAAAAGGCUAAAUAAUACUUCCAAAGUCACACCUAUUGUAGGUAGCAGUUAGGGAUUGAAUUUGGCUGAAUGUAGCAGAAAACCUAAAUGAUGAGAUAGAGGUUUAUUUUCUCUGAUGUUAUGGGAAGUCUGGAGGUAGGCAGUCAAGAAGACUGAUAUGGCUGCUCUGAGAUAUCACCAGGAACUCAGGCUCUUUUUUAGAUUUUUGUUUCCUCACCCUUAAGCUGUGGUUCUCAUCUUCAUGUUCACAAUAAGGCUGCUGGAACUUCAGCCAGUACAUUCUCAUUUUAAGUACAAAGAAAAGGGAAGGAGAUAGACAUAAAUAUGAAAGGCCUUUCUCUGCCUCUCCAUCCAGUGAUUCCACUUACAUCUCAUUGGCCAGGACCAUGUCACAGGUCACCCCUAGCUGAAAGCGGGGGCUGUUGAGAUAUCUUUUUUUUUUCUUUCAGAAUAGAACAUUGUCAUUUACAACACAAUCAGUGUUGGUAAGGGAGAAGAACUUGUAUAUUAGGUAGGCAACUAGCAGUAUCAGACACACUCAGGAAGUAUUUGUGCCAGGAUUUGCCCAUUAGUUUAAAAUUAUACCUAACAUGAUGGAAUUAUUCUUACCAGCUUAAAAAAUAUUUAAUGUUCUUUUUUCUUGUUUGUUUUUUUUGGCCAUGCCACGCAGCCUGCAGGAUCUUAGUUCCCCAACCAGGGAUUGAACCCGUGCCCCCUACAGUGGAAGCAUGGAGUCUUAACCACUGGACCACCAGGGGAGUCCCCCAAAAUAUUUAAUAUUCUAACAUAAUAUAUGCUCAUGAAACACAUUUUGGUAGAUAUCUUAAAGUAUAAAGAAGAAAACAGCCAUUCUCUCAUUGCCUAGAUAUAACUGCUGUUAAAAUUUUGCUAUAUCACUUUCUUUUUUGUUGUGUUACUUUAUGUAUUUACAGUUUCCAAAUUGGGCUCAGUUUCUAUGAAUAGCUAGUCCUCUCAUUUUUUUUCUCUAUUUUGUUUUAUAGAUCAUAAGACUAUAUACUCAUUAUAGAAAAUCUAGAAAUUCAGAAAAGUAUAAAGGAAUAAAAAUAACUAACCCAUACUCAGAUAAGUAAUAAAGUAAUAAAUAAAUAACUUAGAUCCACACACUGCUAAGGAUAUUGGUAAAUUGACUUACACACUUUUUAUAUAUUAUGUAUAUGAAUAUAGCUGAGGUCAUACUGUAUAUAUAUUUUGCAUUUGGCUUUUUAAAAAUAUGAGACAAACACCAGGUUUUUACUCACAUUUUAAAUGCCUGCCUAAUGUUUUACUUUAUCAACAUUCCUUAAAUCUCAGGUGUUUGUAUUUCCAGUGUUUUGCUAUUAUAUAUCUUGCUACUCUAAAAAUCUAUUUUUGCACAAGCUUCAUCCCCAUUCUACAAAAAUUUUCUAGAAGGGGAAGAUAAAUAAUCCUUUUAUAGUAUGACUUGGGUAUUUUUUGUGUUGAUUCAUUUCCUAAUAAUUUGUGAAUGUCCUUAAGUAAAGUUUAUUUGGUAUAUUUGCUUGCAAUUUGAGAAAAAUUACUGGCAGUAGCCUUUUUAAAAAUAAAACUUCGUUGUUUGAUGCUCUGCUUCUAAUAUCAUUUUAAUGCUGUUUCGUACUUUCAUGUCAGUAGGUGGACCUAACGAACAUUACCGUUGAAGGACAAAACCUCAUUAUUCCAUCUCCAGACUCGGAUGGGUUGUAUGUGCUUCUAGAACGUGCAGUUUUCUCUUCUGGCAUCUUGGGCUAUCCUAUUACUGAUUUCCUUUGAACAAGAGGACGUGAAAUUAAACUGUGAUCCUUCUUUUGUUUUUUUAAAAACUAGAUACUAAUGGAAGAAAUGUUCACAUAUUGAGCCAGAAUGCCUCCCACUCAGGCUGAAAGUGUUAUAAAGAAUAUCAUUCGAGAAAUAGGACAAGAAUGUGCAGCCCAUGGAGAGAUUGUUUCUGAAACUCUGGUUGCUUUUAUGGUGAAAGCUGUUGUCCUGGACCCAAGUAAUGGCUUUAACACGGAUAGAACUCUCUUGAAAGGCGACGUGCAGAAACUUGUAAAGCUUUGUGUGACUCGGCUAUUGGACAGUAAAAAUCCUUCCCUGGACACCAUUAAGAUGCAAGUCUAUUUUGAUAUGAAUUAUACAAGUCGAGAGGAAUUUCUCGAAGAACAUCACCGGGUCAUAGAGUCUAGAUUAAGCUCUGUUAGCAGAGAAAUUACAGAUAGUCGAGCAUGUGUUCGAGAAGAACUGGAAAGCCUCUACCGCAAGAUCGUCAGCUACGUGUUACUGCGCUCUGGGCUGGGGUCCCCAACAGACAUCAAGAUUGUCAGAGAGGCAACAGCUGCCCUACAGAGUGUUUUUCCUCAGGCUGAGCUUGGGACAUUUCUAACUCUUUCUAAGAAGGACAGAGAACGCCAGCUGAAAGAGCUCACCAUGAUUGUUACUGGAAUUCGUUUAUUUAACCGAGACUGUGGAAAGGGAGGAGAAGGCAUUGAUGACUUGCCAGCUAUUCUACAGGAAGCAAUCCCAGCCACCACUCAGCAUGUUGAUUCCCAACUUGAGGUGGUCCAGGACCAGGCAUACCGCUACACAGCCAUCCUCGAGAAAGUAGCAGAGAACCCACUCUUGAGUCAAGAACUUCAGCCCUAUAUGUUAAAAGAAGCACUAUAUAACGUGCGACAAUAUGAGUUCUUCCUUCAGAUCAUUUUGUCGGAUAUAAUUACUUGUGCUCAAGAAGUGGAAAUGAUGAUAAAGCAGUUAGGAGCCCAACUGGAACAAUUACAAUUUACUGUAAAAUCAAAGACGGCUGUCCCAACAUCACAAGUCUUUCCCAUCUUCAUUGCCCUUUCCAAUCUGUGGACUAGCUUUCAGGAUGAAGCUGUUUUGAUUAGCAUCCUCAGUAAUUUAUCUACUCAUCUUGAGCCAUUUCUGGGGACUCAUGAACUGUUCUUUCCUGAGAAAGUGAUGCAAGCUCUUCUUGAUGGAGUGACUGUGAAAACUGAUGCGUGUAGAAUGAAAGAGCACAUGGAAGAGAGAGUAAAUCUGGUGGAUUUCAGAAAACUAGAAUGGCUUUUCCCAGAAACAACAGCCAAUUUUGAUAAAUUGUUGAUUCAGUAUCGAGGAUUUUGUGCUUACACAUUUGCUACAACAGAUGGUCUUCUUCUUCCAGGAAAUCCAGCAAUUGGAAUUUUGAAAUAUAAAGAAAAGUAUUACACUUUCAAUACCAGAGAUGCUGCAUAUUCAUUUGCAGAAAAUCCUGAAAAUUACAUUGAUAAAAUUAGAGAAAAAGCCAAAAAAAAUGCAGAAUUGAUUCAGCUACUGGAACUUCAUCAACAGUUUGAAACCCUUAUUCCAAAUUCUCAGAUGAAAGAGGUUGACAAACAUUAUAUAAAACCAAUUGCAAAGUGUGAAAGUAGCACACAGACGGAUACACAUUUAUUGCCACCAACAAUUGUGAGAUCAUAUGAGUGGAAUGAAUGGGAAUUAAGAAGAAAAGCUAUAAAAUUGGCCAAUUUGCGUCGGAAAGUUACUCACUCGGUACAGACUGAUCUUAGUCACAUGAGAAGAGAAAAUUGUUCCCAGGUGUACCCUUCAAAGGAUGCUAGCACACAGUCAAUGAGGGAAGCCAGCAGCCAAGUGCCCCGGCCCCAGAUUUAUGUAGCUGGUUUCCGCGGGGGCCAUACCAAGACCACCUGUGAAAUCAAGGUGAACUUAACUAGAGCCAUUGAUGAAACCUAGUUAGAGACCACACUUUUAACGUAGAUACCACUAAAUUGUGAACAAUGGCAAAUAUUUAAAAGUAUUUUUGCAUCCAUGAAAAUUAGCUAAUUUUGUGGGGCUGGCACGUUCAUUGGUGGUAUGAAUGUUUUUGGGUUCUCACCCAUGUGCACUGUCAAACUGCUACAACAAAUGAAAAAUCGUUUUCUGUAAUACAUUUUUCAUUCUAUUAAAAUUGCAAAGUAAAACUCUGUCCAUUCCUCUUU